GUAACGAAAGCGACGCAUUAAGCUACUGCGCAGGCGCAGAAAGAGAGCGCGGAAGCCGCAGAUGGCUAGAGAGGAGCGUGACUGAAGAGCGGGACCUGAGCUGGACCACUUUCCUUGCCCCAAUCUGGAUCUUGUUCCCUCUGCAUUCCAGUCAGGGAUGAGUCCUCCUCCAUGCUAACGGGGUGCCAGCAGGGAUAGCAUUGAGAGCACAGGGGAGACAGUCUCCGUGUCUGGCACCACAGCAGCUCCUGGCAGCUAUGAGGAGUAAUUGCAGAGAAAGUCCUGUUGAAUCCCUACGCCCCUGGGCUAGAACACACCCAGUACAGAAUAAUCUUCAGAGACUUUAGCUGCCAAACUCUAACAAUUCUUUGUUGGGCAUAUGUGAACUGAGACUUUUGACUUGGCCAACUUGGAUUUUUUUUAAUGGGAACAACAAAAGGCACGUCUUGAUGCAAAGGCCAUCCCUUGCGAAACUUCAAGUCCCUGCUGCAAAAUAUGGAGGCACAAGAACUUUUUAAUGAAACAGUCUUAAGAACUUGUUUUUAACAUGGGCAAAGGAAAAUAUUUUGCCUGAACUUGUUCUCAAAAACAGCUGAAAUAUUUUUGCUGAAAUUUCCCUCCCCCUUGCCCCCCCCCCCCAAAAAAAAAACCAAAAAACAAAAACAGUCAGAGGCAGACACUGUGGCGUGGACAAUUUCAGCUAAAAUGUGUUGAUGUCAUGACGGCAUACUGGACCAUUCUAAAGAUGCACUGCAGGUACUGAUGGGAAGGGGUUCAAUAUGAAUAUAAAUGAUGUUGGAGGAAGACGACGCUUUGAGGACAGCGAGUUUACACUACACAUAUACCCUGGGAGCAUUGCUGAAGGGACCAUCUAUUGCCCCAUUACUGCCAGAAAAACAUCAACAGCUGCUGAGGUAAUAGACUCUCUCAUUAAUAAACUCCAACUAGACAAAACAAAAUGUUAUGUCCUAGCAGAGGUGAAGGAGUUUGGUGGGGAGGAAUGGAUUCUCAACCCUACAGACUGCCCUGUCCAGCGCAUGAUGUUGUGGCCCCGCAUGGCCCUCGAGAACCGAUUGAGUGGGGAAGACUAUCGCUUCCUUCUGAGGGAGAAGAAUCUAGAUGGGUCUAUUCAUUAUGGCAGUCUCCAGUCCUGGUUACAGGUGACAGAAGAGCGUCGCAGGAUGAUGGAACGUGGAUUCCUUCCUCAGCCACAGCAGAAGGACUACGAUGAUUUGUGCAGUUUACCAGAUUUAAAUGAGAAAACACUCUUGGAAAAUCUCAGAAACCGCUUUAAGCAGGAAAAAAUUUAUACCUAUGUAGGCAGCAUUCUGAUAGUCAUUAAUCCAUUCAAAUUUCUCCCCAUUUACAAUCCUAAGUAUGUCAAAAUGUAUGAUAAUCAUCAGCUGGGAAAGCUGGAGCCCCAUAUUUAUGCUGUGGCUGAUGUGGCCUACCAUGCUAUGCUUCAGCGCAGGAAGAACCAGUGCAUUGUGAUUUCAGGAGAAAGUGGGUCAGGGAAAACACAAAGCACAAACUUUCUGAUUCAUCACCUCACUGCUCUCAGCCAGAAGGGAUUUGUUAGUGGAGUAGAACAGAUUAUUCUUGGAGCUGGACCAGUGCUUGAGGCUUUUGGAAAUGCAAAGACGGCACAUAAUAACAACUCAAGUCGCUUUGGCAAGUUUAUUCAAGUGAAUUAUCAGGAAACGGGCACUGUGCGAGGAGCUUAUGUUGAAAAGUAUUUACUGGAGAAAUCCAGGCUAGUCUAUCAGGAACACAAUGAACGGAACUACCAUGUAUUUUAUUACCUUCUGGCAGGAGCAAGUGAGGAAGAAAGAUCAGCAUUCCAUCUUAAACAACCCGAGGAGUAUCAUUACCUCAAUCAGAUGACAAAGAAACCCCUCAGACAGAGCUGGGAUGAUUAUUACUAUGACUCUGAGCCGGAUUGCUUCUCUGUUGAAGGGGAAGACCUGAAGCAUGAUUUUGAGCGCUUACAACUGGCCAUGGAGAUGGUGGGAUUUCUUCCCAAGACUCGCAGACAAAUUUUCUCUCUCUUAUCUGCAAUACUACACUUGGGUAACAUCCGUUACAAAAAGAAAACAUACCGGGAUGAUUCUAUAGAUAUUUGUAACCCUGAAGUACUACCUAUUGUCUCAGAAUUGCUGGAGGUAAAAGAAGAGAUGCUGUUUGAAGCUCUGGUUACCAGAAAGACAGUGACGGUGGGAGAGAAGCUUAUUUUACCAUACAAACUUUCAGAGGCUGUGACUGUGCGGAAUUCCAUGGCUAAAUCACUGUACAGCGCCCUGUUUGAUUGGAUAGUUUUUCGAAUUAAUCAUGCACUUUUGAAUACAAAGGAUGUGGAGGAAAGCACCAAGACUUUAUCCAUUGGAGUACUUGAUAUCUUUGGGUUUGAAGAUUAUGAAAAUAACAGCUUUGAACAGUUCUGCAUUAACUUUGCUAAUGAACGCUUACAGCACUACUUUAACCAACACAUCUUUAAACUAGAGCAGGAGGAGUACAGAGCAGAAGGCAUCAGCUGGCACAACAUAGACUAUAUAGAUAACUCUGGCUGUAUAAAUCUUAUCAGCAAGAAACCAACAGGACUGCUCCACCUGCUGGAUGAGGAAAGCAAUUUUCCACAAGCCACAAACCAAACACUACUGGACAAGUUCAAGCGUCAGCAUGAGGGGAAUUCUUACAUUGAAUUUCCAGCCGUGAUGGAGCCUGCUUUUAUCAUAAAGCACUAUGCUGGAAAAGUGAAAUACGGAGUGAAGGAUUUCCGGGAGAAAAACACAGAUCAUAUGCGGCCGGACAUUGUAGCUCUCCUAAGAAGCAGCAAGAAUGCCUUUAUCUGUGGGAUGAUAGGGAUUGAUCCAGUGGCUGUGUUCCGCUGGGCAGUCCUCAGAGCUUUUUUCAGGGCGAUGGUUGGUUUUAGGGAGGCUGGAAAACGAUACACGGAGAAGAAAACUGGGCAUGAUGAUGCAGUGCCAUGUGCGGUUUUGAAAAGUGUGGAUAGUUUUAGCUUUCUACAUCACCCAGUCCAUCAGAGGAGCUUAGAGAUCCUGCAGAGAUGCAAGGAGGAGAAGUACAGUAUUACCCGGAAAAGCCCAAGAACGCCCCUUUCAGAUCUUCAGGGAGUUAACACCAUCAAUGAGAAAACCCAGCGUGAUACCUAUGGAGUUGGCUGGACUGGCAGGAUGGGAAUCCGACAAGGCCGACUCUCUAGUCCUAGCUCCUUCCUAGACAAAGAUGGGAUAUUUGUUAAUUCAACCAACAGCAAGCUGCUGGAGAGGGCCCACGGCAUUCUCAUGCGAAACAAGAACUUCAAAGCCAAACCCAAUCUCCCAAAGCACUUGUUGGAGGUGAAAUCUCUCAAGCACCUAACUAACCUGACACUGCACGAUCGCAUUACAAAGUCUCUUCUCCACCUCCAUAAGAAGAAGAAACCACCCAGCAUCAGUGCACAAUUCCAGGCAUCCCUCAACAAGUUGAUGGAGACUCUUGGUCAAGCAGAGCCUUAUUUUGUCAAGUGCAUUCGAUCUAAUGCUGAAAAGCUCCCUCUGAGGUUCAGUGACAACCUGGUGCUUAGGCAGCUGCGAUACACGGGAAUGCUGGAGACUGUUCGAAUUCGGCAGUCUGGGUACAGCUGCAAAUAUUCCUUCCAGGACUUUGUGGACCAUUUCCAUGUUCUUCUGCCACAAGGAAUCAGCCCAUCUAAGCACAACAUCCAUGAUUUCUUCAGGAAAAUAAAGCUCAGUCCAGACAAUUAUCAAGUUGGGAGAACAAUGGUUUUCAUGAAGGAGCGGGAGCGCCAGCUUUUGCAGGAUUUGCUGCAUCAGGAGGUGCUCCGGAGGAUUACUCUGCUGCAGCGUUGGUUCCACGCUAUACUGGAGAGAAGGCACUUCUUGAACUUGAGGCAGGCAGCAGUGAUCAUACAGAGGUACUGGCGUAGUUAUCAGAGUAGAAAGCAAGCUGAAGAUUCCCUAGUUGAUCCUCUUCUUCUCAGCAAUGCAGCACUCGUUCUCCAGGCCUACUGGCGAGGUUUUGUGGAGAGGCGAAGGUUCCUGCAGAUGCGGGUUGCAGCCUUCAUUAUUCAGAACUAUUGGCGGGAAUGUUCUAGACGUAGGCAUGCCGCAGCCAUGUGCAUACAGGGAGGCUGGCGAGGAUACUGCGCAAAGAGACUCUGCAGGGCCAAGAGAAAUAAAGUCAUCCUAUUGCAAGCAGCAUGCAGAGGAUACAUAGCACGGCAAAGAUUUACAGCUUUAAAAGAGCAGAGAUUAAAAGAGAGAGAGCUGGAGAAUGGAGUGUCAAUCAGAGAAGAGGAUGGACUGGAGGCAGAUGCUAUGAAAAUUAGGGGCUCAGACCCAUCUAAGUGGGAGGAUGGCUCGUUUGAACAGCGGGUGAGAGCUGUAGAGGAACAUAAAUCAGUAAUAGAGAAUAGUCGGGUGAAUCAUGCUGAUCCAGUAGAUGGCUCUGGAGACUUACUGUACAAAAGACACGAGAGAGCCAGCAGCCAAAGUGGCAUGGACAUUGAAGAGGAAGUAGUUGUGAGAGAGAGGCCCAAAUCACUGGAGGAUCUCAACCAGAAAAAAGUGGUCCGCGCGAAAAGAGAAAGCCGGAGAAUGCGUGAAUUGGAACAGGCAAUAUUUAGCUUGGAAUUGCUUAAGGUCCGGUCCACUGGGGGGGUGUCUCCCUCAGAGGAGCGUCGGUGGUCCACAGAGCUGGUGUCGGAGGUCCUUCAUUCUCCACAGGGAACCCCAGAGAGUGAAAGCUCUCAGGGGAGCUUAGAAAUGUUAAGCUGUGAGGAUACUCAGAAGAAUAAACUUGAUUCUCCAGUUUUAGAAGAGCAAGACAUGCAGACUGUCUCCACUGAGACCCAGGGCUCUUUACCUCACAGUCCUAAGCCUGAUUUGCAGGACACAACCUUCUUCUCAGCAGAUGUGAACAGCAACUUAUCUAACAGAAAAAGGACACCAUCAAGUUCUGAGUUACCAGAGAGUCCUGCUACUAAGGAGCGGGUGGUCUGUGAUACCCAGAAUGUUAUCUACAAGAUGCAUCCAAGAGAGACCUUCAUUUCUAGAAAUCUGCCUACUUUCUACAUUCCACCACAGGACAUGCAGAAAGCAAAUCAAUCACUGGUGGAGAAUAACUUGAAGAACAAACUAAUGGAAAAGGAAGAAAGACCAGUUAUGUUUCCUGGGGUUCAGAAAGAUACGGAGCCAGGCAAGCAGGGCCCGGGCAAAGCCUUGGACAGAGAGAGAGGAGAAAACCCUCCUGUCAAGCAAGAGGAAAGCCUAGCUGCUCUUGCAUCAGAUGCACAUUCUUCAGACUCUGUUAUCAGGAGACUUGAGAAGCUGAAUGUCGAGAAGGAGGAGCGACAAAAGCAGCUGCAGCAGCAAAACGAGAGGGAGAUGAUGGAGCAGAUCCGCCAGCAGAAGGAAAUUCUGGAGAAACAACGCAAAGCUUUUGAGCAGUUCGAGAGACAAGGGAAGGGAGAGGCCUUGCAAAGGACUGAACACAGCAGAAUCAAGGAGCCCUCACAAGAAGUGUCUCUCAGACCCUCCAAAAAAAAAGACAACAGGCCUCAAUCUCUCCUCAUCCUGAAUCCCCAGAGCAAAGGGGAAAAUUGCCAGACUGUGAAUACAACACCAACUUCAUCAGUGGAUAUUAAAGGGCUCACUGUUGCAAAGAAAGGGAGCCCCCCAGCCCACAUAGCACAAAAGGACAGGCCUGUCAGCAUGUUCCUUGAGCGAAAAGAAGGUCAACCUGGAAUGAUACAGGAAUCAACCAGAACAGAUCGGUGGAAUUCAAAACUGGCUGCAGAAUCUGGGGACUUCUCUAGCAGCCACGCUGCAAGGACAGAGCGCCUCAGGCAACCCCGAAUUCCCAACCAGAGCACCGAUGGCUCUUCUAGUGAGCCGCGGGCUAGUGCUAUUUUCUUCACACCGAAAGACAGUCAUUUCAGCCUCCUUUUCAACAAGGAAUCUUCAAAUCAUCAGAUCCUUUCGAAAGAUGAGCUACCUAGAAAGCCACUAAAGUUCCCUGGGCCAGGCAGAGGGGGGCAGGUUGCCAGACCGGCCCAUAAAAAGAAAGCCCGCAUGGCGCGGACGCGCUCCGAUUUCUUGACUAGAGGUACUUUUGCUGAUGGGGAGGGGGAUACGGAGGAAGAUGAUUACGAUGACAAUUUUGAGUUCCUUCUCUUCCCUGACCAACCUCCUCACCUUGAGCCAGGGCCUACAGCCAGACUUGGGCAGGCCUGUCACAGUGACUCCGAAAUGACAUUGCAGCGUUUCACAUCAAGUGAAGGCCAAGCAAAGCUUCAUAAAACAAUGUCUCAGGGUGAGAUUGGGAAGCUAGCAACUGUUCAGAAGAAUCUAUCUACCGACAGAAGGCCUCAGAGAGCCAAGAUGAGAUUCUGGGUGAAAGGGAAACAGGGAGACAAGAAAACACCCAGGGAGAAGCUUACGACCCAGUCUGAGCUGCUUGAGCUGUAUGCAGAGCAAGAAGAACCAGGCAUAGAGAUGAUUCCUGGCCUCCAGCUUGGUGAAGAGUUGGGUCCACAUCACCUGACACCCCCAAGGAGUCCAGAGCUGUCAGGCAUCUACAGAAGGGAAUUUAAGGAGAACAAGGAACCAUCUCCCAAAGUGAAGCGUAAGCGCAGCGUGAAGAUCAGCAGCUUGGCACUGGAGCCUGUGCAGUGGCAGAAUGACUCUCUGCAGAUCAUAACCAGUGCUGGUGACUUGAAAAGCAUGGAUGAGUUUCUCCUGAAAAAGAUGAAUGAUCUGGAUAAUGAAGACAGUAAGAAGGACACACUUGUGGAUGUGGUGUUUAAGAAAGCAUUAAAAGAAUUCCGGCAAAACAUCUUCAGCUUUUACUCAUCAGCUUUGGCAAUGGAUGAUGGGAAGAGCAUCCGGUAUAAAGACCUAUAUGCCCUGUUCGAGCAGAUUCUGGAGAAGACCAUGAGGCAAGAGCAGAGGGAUUGGAGUGAAUCACCCGUCAAAGUCUGGGUCAACACCUUUAAAGUAUUCCUUGAUGAAUACAUGACCGAAUACAAACCUCUGGAUUACACUGCUGCAAAGGUGCCAAAAACAGAGAGAAAAAAGAGAAGAAAAAAAGAAGCAGAUGUGGUGGAAGAGCAUAAUGGUCACAUCUUUAAGGCAACCCAGUACAGCAUCCCCACAUACUGCGAGUACUGCUCCUCCUUGAUCUGGAUAAUGGACAGGGCUUCUGUUUGUAAAUUAUGUAAGUAUGCUUGUCACAAGAAGUGCUGUCUUAAAACCACAACCAAGUGCUCCAAAAAGUAUGAUCCCGAGCUUUCGUCACGGCAGUUUGGGGUUGAGCUCUCCCGACUGACCAAUGAGGAGCGAGCGGUGCCAUUGGUGGUGGAGAAGCUCAUAAACUACAUUGAAAUGCAUGGGUUGUACACCGAGGGCAUUUACAGGAAGUCAGGCUCAACCAAUAAGAUAAAGGAGCUCCGACAGGGUCUUGACACAGAUAUCGACAAUGUGAAUCUAGAUGACUACAACAUUCAUGUCAUUGCCAGUGUGUUCAAACAGUGGCUGAGAGAUUUGCCGAAUCCCCUCAUGACCUUCGAACUCUACGAGGAAUUUCUGCGAGCUAUGGGCCUGCAGGAGAGGAAGGAGACCAUCCGAGGCGUGUACUCUGUCAUUGAUCAGCUUUCUCGCACCCACCUCAGUACCCUGGAACGCCUCAUCUUUCACCUUGUGAGGAUUGCCCUGCAGGAAGAGACCAAUCGAAUGUCAGCUAAUGCCCUGGCCAUUGUAUUUGCUCCCUGUAUUCUCCGCUGUCCUGACACAACAGACCCACUGCAGAGCGUUCAGGACAUCAGUAAAACAACCACCUGUGUGGAGUUAAUUGUCAUAGAGCAGAUGAAUAAAUACAGGGCUCGUCUCAAGGACAUCAACAGCCUGGAGUUUGCUGAGAACAAAGCAAAAAGCAGGCUGUCUUUGAUCCGCAGAUCAAUGAAACCUGUACUAAUUGCAGUUAGAUUUAUGAGCAUAACCCGCAAUUCAAUCCCGGGCAAAGGACGUCUAAGGCGUGGAACCUUCCCCAGUCCAACAUCUCCUGUUUCAGUGCGAUUACCCUCCGUGUCUGAUGUCUCUGAGGAGACCGUGAGUAGUGAGGAGGCUAUGGAGAUGGAUGUCACAGAUCAGCAGCAGGCAGCCAUGCAGCAAGAGGAGAGGGUGCUGACUGAGCAGAUCGAGAGCUUGCAGAAGGAAAAGGAGGAGCUGACUUUUGAGAUGCUUGCACUGGAGCCCCGAGCUUCUGAUGACGAAACUCUGGAGUCUGAAGCUUCCAUCGGCACUGCGGAUAGCUCCGAAAAUUUGAACUUUGACUCUGAAGGGGCUAUCUCUGAUCGAUCGGAGAGAAGUUUAGCACUUAGUUCGCUGAGGCCUGUCAAGAUCGAAUCCACGAGCAGGUUGCGAAGGCACCUGAGGAAGCAGCAAGACUCUCUGGACUCAGUGGACUCUUCGGUUUCUUCUCCGUCUUCAUCCUCCUCGUCCUGCUUACCUCAUGUGACUAGGAAACGAUUCCAAAUGUACUCCAAGUCGCCCUUCUACCGAGCAGUUGCUCCUGGAGAUAUCACUGAGCAGAGGUUGGGACUUGAAGGGUUACCAGGGCAGCUUAGGGGUCUGGAUGAUAGGCCCCAGUUCACCAGCAGAGGGACUUUCAGCCCUGAGAAAGGCAAACAGAAACUGAAGAAUGUGAAAAACUCACCCCAGAAAACCAAAGAGCUCCCAGAGGGGGCAGCUGGGGCAGGCCGGAAAAGAAACACUGAAGCAGACUGCAGCAGCACCCAGCAGCUGGUGCUUUUCGGGAACAAUGAGUUCAUGGUGUGAACCAGUUGCCCAAAAUCUCCUCAUUGCUGCAGACAAGUGAUAGCAUCUCACCUUUGGUAUCUUCCCCCCCAUCAUCACCGCCACCACCACCAUUGUAGAGUUGCUGCCAGCUGCCCAUGCAAAGCAUUUAUUCACUAAUUGCUUGGGCUUCCGACCUUGCAUCGCCAGUGCUACAGGGAGCAGGAGACUAACUCUUAACAAAAGCCUGUUGAGGACAGUUUCAGCCGUGGCCUUAGCUCUUUUUAAUAUUUUGGAACUCAAAACCUGCCAGAUUUUUCUGACUGGAGACUCAGAACAAAAGAAAAUAAAUUGGGGGAAGAAUUGCUGGUGAGCUCUGUUUUACUUCCCAUCAGCCCCUGGCUUUCUCUUUCUGAGCAGAGGAAAUAGGGAGAGGGAAAAUCAAGCCACCAGGUAAUGCCAACAGGAUCUUGGAGUUGGGGAGCUGGUCCAUGCCUGUCUUGACCUUGAUGUGAAAGCUGCAGACUGUGUGUUUGUGCUGGGAUGAAGCAUAAACUCCUUACAAGGAACCACAGCAAAGAGUAGACCAAGCCCUUUUUCAGAGCUAUUUAUAAUGCACUCCAUGUUGUUGUCAGGUGAUAAUAAAAAGCUAUCAUUUCCAUUCAAGCAAUCAGAGCAUGUCUCAAAACCCCCACCAACUGACCUGCAAUGAAAAGAGAGUGAUUUUAUUUUUGUUGUUGUUGUUAUGUCAGGAAAACUAAUGCCAGUUUGACUCCUGGUUAGUUCAAGCCAAAUACUUGUGCCGAAUUUUCAAUAGCCAUAACUAAUCCUGUGACUGAGGCGCAAAGAAACGUUUCUAAAAAGCAAAGGAACCUUUAGAAAUAUCAACCUAAAACAUUACAACCACAUCACAACCCUGCAGUGCUGCCUACUUGUAUACACUGACCAAGUGAACAAUGGCUAACAGUUCCAGUGAAGGACAGGAACUUCUCAGCCAAGCAGCAAACUCAUGCAGACAAAACAGCACUAUUUUAAUUGCAUUGUUAAAUCAAAAGGAAAUGCAUGGAAAAGUGUUAAGGAAGUAAUCUGUUUUUAAAAUGUGACCUAACCAACUUUCUCCCCUUUUCUCAGAUCAUCAGUAUUAAAAGAAAAAAGAAAAAAAUCAAGGACUACUUUUUGUUAAUAUUCUGGUUACUGAAGUUCACUGUGUGUGUGUGUAUAUAUAUAUAUAUAUAUAUAUAUAUAUAUACACACAUAUAUAUAUAUAAAUGGUUUUUAUUUUCCCCCCUAGAUGGAACAUUUUUGCCAGGAAAAGAAAGGGAGAAGUGAGGGAAGGUAGAAUUAGCCCCUAAGAGUAUUGCAGGGAAAGAAAUGGCACCAUUUUUCACCACAGUUCAUCACCAUUCACCAUGUCUCAGCCCACUGAACAUUUGUGAGAUUAGCAACCUGCCUAAACUGCUCAGACUGUGUGAGAAGCUGAUGCAUGUGCACCUCUCGCUGUAAAUGUGACACCUUUGUCGAGGCAAGUAUGUGACAAAUGUUUGUUUAACAAGUUCUCACUAGAUCUCGUUAGGGUAAAACGAGCAGUGUCAUUCUGUCAUGACCAUGUGGCAGGGUAGUCAGAUCAAGGCUAGAUUUGUCAUUCAUGGUGUCAUCCUGUGACUUGGCACCAGCACAGAUGUUGCUGUUACACAUUUUUAAAACAGAUUUGUAGGAAUCUAAUUAGUAAGCUUAGAGGCAGUAGUCCAGGAGGUCACGUAGUGACUUGGAACUUUAUGGGGAUGUCCCUACGUGUUAGUCUGCAUCCACAGUCACAUGGAUGAAGACCAGCAAUCCCAAAGCAUCAUUCAGAGAAAUUACAGGUGCCAGUCCAUUUCCCUAAGCGGCCAGGACUUUGCUGAUGCUGAGAGGAGGAGUUGAAUAGAAGGGGCUUCAGGACCCCAGUUAGAAUAAUUAGCUGAAUAAAUGCUGGAUUGGACCUGGCAGUUAACCCUGCUAGUUCUGUCCUGGGUAAUGUUCUGAAGCCAACUGUGGUUCUAACCUUGAUCCUCCUAAUCAAAAAUCUAGAACAGCAGUGUCAGAAUAGCACUGGUUUGUGUACCUGACCAUUCUCUCUCUCGCAUCCAAGAACAAUGGGAAAAGAUAUUUGCAUUUCAUAAUUUUGCUGGGUAAUGAUUUUGUUAUUUUACCUCCAUAAUAUGGAACUAGAAGUAUCAUGCAACUCCCAGGAACCCCUUCCCUUGCCUCCCUUCAAUAGCGUUCCAGUACAGAACCAAGUCUACAUCCUGGCUUCACAACAGUAUAUCUCAGUUCAGAAAGGGCCCGUCCUGAGCUUGCAGCUCUUAUGGACAAUGUACACCUGGUUUCGUACAUGGGUGAGCACCCUGGGAAUGAGUCAGUCUGCUGGAGUUCCCUGUAAUAGUAGUCGGUUUAGUGAUUCCUUCCUCUCAGUGGGUGGAGAGCAAUACUUUGGCAUGUUCCUCGGCUGGUUGAACCUGCAUUUCUUUAGAGGGAUUUUCCCCCCCCAGUGGAAAAAAAUGUAAUUUAGGCCACUUUUACCAGAGUGGUGAUGACAUGGAGCAGGGACAGGGAUUUACAGGUUCUGCUUUGACCUCCGUGGAUUUAAUUAUGUCCAACUCUUUAGUUCUAAAAUUGCUAGGUUAAUAGGUCUCUAGCUGUUUUACAGAUCAACCAAGAACCCACCUGGGCAAGGUGGGUGGUGGUUAUGAAGGUGGAAAGUAACUAAGGAAACGCUACAGGGCACCCAAACCCUUCAGAAGCCAAUUAUAAGAUUAUCAAAAAAAUGCAUAUGAAGUGGAUAGAAUAUGUUGUUGUUUCAACCGGAAUUAAAUGAACUGAUGCCAUGCAGAGUAAUAAAUUUUUAACUUUGAAAAUCAAGUUUUAAACACAAAUACAGACCAGCUAACUACAGAUUUUGCAACUAGAACUUAGUCAAUCAUUCUGAUGGUGCACAAGCCAGAAGAGAUUCCAGCGCAUACAACCUUAGAGCGGGUUGGCUCUGCACAGCUUAUAGUAUAAAGGUGUCAAAACUUAGAUUUAGUCAGUGGAGUCAGAGGAGGCUGAAUACUUGCAGCGAGCAGAUUUGUUGAGGAAGGAUGUGCUGUUUUUACAUAGCCUUUGUUUAAAAAAACCAUAACUGCACUUGAAGAUCAGAAAAGUCACUCUGUAAAAAUCUCCUCUUAGUGGAUUCAUAUUGUUCUUUCAGUGAUUUCCAUAUGGAAUUUGCUGUGUUUAAAAGUCCAAGCACAAGCUGUCGAACGGCCAGCACAUGGGUUCAACCUGUUAUUUCGAAAUCAGGUUGCGUUUUUUGUGCUUCGCACUGUGUAUCCCCUCCCAUGCGGAAUCAGAAUGCUGCUGGCACUUUUGCUGAGGCUCCUUCAGGCAGAAUAGCACACGGCUUGCUUUUCUUAAGCUGUACUGGGUUCUGCAAGACUGAUUCAGAGCAUACUUUGUGAAGGAGACACUUUUACAGAGUUACUUUUGGAAUCAUCAUCUGAUAGAGAGAGAAUCCCUGUUAUGAUGGCCCUGCAGAUGGAAUCCUUAGAAAUAGGACAGGACUCAGUUUUCAGCAGGGAUUAUUCCUACUUUUUGAAGGUUUUUGCACCCACUGACUUGCAGGUUCCUAAAUAAUGUUGAUUAUUGAGCUACAAAUUUCUGCAGAAGCAAUGGGUCAGGAUGGGGAGGGACAUCAUGAAGUUUUCACAAAAGGGUACAGGUUGCUGUCCCCUGCAGAGUCGUACUUAAUAUUGCCAUGCAAGGAAUUAAGUUUGGGAUCCUCCCCCACCCCCCCAGCGUCCACACCUGCAGAAGCAACAUUCAUCUGCCCAUGUACGAUAGCAGAGGCUGCAAGUCAUACCGUUGUUACAGCCUUUUCAGUUGGGCUGAGUGGAGGAUACGCAAGGAGCUGUGGAUACUGCCUCUGCUCAAGGGGUGAGAUUUAACAUUAGCUGAAGACUGUUAAUACUGGAAAAGCAUCAGGGGAUCCAACAUUGAUUUAUCAAGUCCUGCUCUGUUUAGAUUAAGGAAGGGUCUGUCUGUCCCUCUCCCCCAUGGUAUUGGUGAAGAGGAAUUACAUAAGCCCUUGUAAUUAAGAUGUUAAGCACCAAACAGUCUGAACACAGCUUCCCAUUUAGAAAUCAAAUGUGUAUGGUUCAAAAGGCGAUAUACACACAGGGAGCCCUGAAUGAAAACGUGGCUUUCGACACACCCGCCUCUGCUGUUCUCAGGCUUUCUGACCAUCCACAACGAAUCCACUUAAGUUCUGCAACCGUAACUCUAGGCUUCAGAUACACUCUGGGGGUGUCCUAGCUUUCCUUUUUUCCAAUCCAAGAGCGUUCAUUUCAGCCAGAACCCUCCCACCCACCACUUUCCUUUUAUCUUGUCUUGAAGUGGGGGGUGGGGGGGAUGACAGUGAAAAGGUUUUAGUGGGUCCAGACUGUGUGUUCUGUUUUUGUCAUCGUUUAAUUAUUAUUUUGAAUACAGGCACGGGAUAGACCAAUUCUUUGUUUUGUUCGCCGUCCGCGUUUAAGCCUGAUGCCUGUCUUCCAGUCCUGUCACGCAGUAGGUAAGCGGUAGGUUCUCAGAUAUGAUACACUCCUUGUACCAAGUGAAUGUACUUACCACUGGAAAGGAUAGGGGCUGCAUAUUAUUAUUAAUUAUUAUUAUUUGUAAUGGAAAUUUUAAAAGUAAUUUAUAAGUAUGCUGAGUGUAAAUUUAAAAAGCAAAGUCUGUAUUGUAAAAGGAUAUAUUAUCCUGUGUCAUACGCUCUAUACAUUUUACCUGUUUAGGAAAAAAGAAUAUAUAAGGGGGAAUGAUUUCUCUCACCCAUAGAGCCAGAUUGCAUGCCGCUGUGCAGUCAACUGGCACUUUGUAAUUUCAUGUCAGUAGGUUUUCUUCAAUUUUUUUUAAUUAAUGUUGUUUUUUUUCCUUCUGGAACAAGGCCGUCAUAUGUAUAAAGUGCAAUUUGUGUAAUAUUUCUUAAAUAUAUACUGUAUGGCUGUACAAAACCAACUUUAUGAACAAAUAACCCCUAGCUUAUUAAAGAACAAAGCUAUUAGAAAGCAAA